GAAGGCACAAUUAAACAUAAACGUCCGUAAAUUGCAAAUAACAUGUUGAUUCGGUGAUUUCGAUUCCGUUAUAUUAUCUACCUAGUUUUGAUGAAAAUUUGAAAGUGUUCGCAAUAGUGAAUAAAUGAGUCGUGGUCCCCCGGCAUACUGGUGUAAUUUGAUCCACGUAGGAUCUAGUUGCCCUUGAAAAAAAAGCCAUCGGUUUUCUGUUGCGCGGUAAUCACAAACGACUCCAAAUUGUCAACGAAAACGUGUUCAGCUUUUUAAGUUUAAUUUUCUUAUUUUGGAUGUAGAGUUUUUAAUUUUUCAUUGAUUUUCGAGUGAUUCUAUCAGAAUUAAAUUUUGGGUCGUUUGCCUUUCGUGUUCCCAGGUUGAUUAUUAUCUGGGAUUAGUGGCGUGAAGUGGUGUUCAAAAGAAAAAAAAUGUCGAAUCUCAAAUCGCCUCAAUCUCCAUCUCGGGCGGAUUCAAUUCUCUUCGGGUGUAGUGUUGAUUCGAGUCCUACAGUGUUCAGCCAAAAUUGCGGUGAUCUACAAUCGGAAGAGUUGAAUUGUGCAACCAAAUCCGAUCUUGCGAGCACUGUGCCGUCAGAACUGGUCCCGAAGAGCCAGACCGUAUUUCUUUUGCAAAAAACUUCCACACGUAUUCUGGGCUUAUCACCGGUGUCGGAGAUUGCCGUGACCUUACAGGAUUCAACACUAGAUACACCGAAAUCCGUCCGACCUGUAUCGAGUGGUCGCUCCAAAUGUAUGGAUAAUGCAAGAUCAACCGAUUGGAAAACCCUACUGGAUGUCAACUUUGCCGACAAUGACAAUGGCGACGACGAUGGUCAGCAGCAGCAGGAGUUCCAUUCGCUUCUGAAGGAGCAACUCCAAACCGACAAAAUAAGUGACAAACUAGCGACAGACGGCGGAGACAGUGGCGUCAGAAGUGACGAUGGCUUGGAAGAUCUCCAUCAAAACGAAGACAACAGUCGCAUUUCGACCACUUUCUCGAUCAAUUCAGCCGGUCGAUCACCGGUCAGUCACCUGGCGGAACAAAGACAACGUAGCGCCCAACGCAGACAGCACAUUGCACCGCUGAGAAUGGCGAUAAAAUUCCUGGAAUCCCCCGGGAAGGAAAAUGUCCCGGCCGAGCUAUCGUUCUAUCAUGAAAACAGUCCACAGGCCAGUCCGCGACCCUGCAGUCCGUGCGACUGUGCGGACGAAAGUGAGUUGCUCGUAUCGGAGAUUACCCCGAACAAGCAGACCAUCUUGGGUGGUUUUCCCACGGUCGGAAGUGCCAACCGGCAACGGCGGCCACUUGAAGACUAUGACCCAAAUUCGAUGGAUUCCGGAUACGGUGCCAGUUUAUCCAGCACCGGAUCCAAGAGUCAAUCGAUGUUCCAUUUCAUACAACCAUCGGCCCCACGACAAAACUCGACGUCCACCUCACCAGCUGCUUCCAUGCGUAUCCUCAGCAGUAUGUCGUCCGGGUCGACGGAAUCGAUGGACGAAAUGGAACUGUUUGAUAUGGACACCUUGGAAGAUGAUGAUGCUCAACUGCCAAGCAAUCUCAACUCACUGAUCUGCGGUGACAUCAAAGCUACCAAGACUACCCCGGAAAACAAAAGACCCUUCUCCCGACGAUGUCUCUCGGAUAUUCCAACCGCAAGAAGAGUAAAAAGUAAUCUCAUCUUCGAAUCACCCGUCGCUACCAGUCAGUUACCGGUGCAAAUUAUAACCCCGGAACGGUUUCCAAUUGCAUACGACCAGGAAAAUCUGAAUCCUAGUCCAUUCCUUUCCCGACCGGAUGUCGCUCGUUGUUUCAAGCGGCCGGAACCCCCCGGAGUAAGCCCGAUCCAGAGCAAACGUCACAAGCCGGAAGUCCUGACGCCCAUUAGUUCGUUCCGUUCGGCCACCGAAAUCAUCAGCAGCACCGAUAGCACCGCCAUGGAAUUGUUACAUCCGAAACGACCGAUCCUGCAAAAAUCUAUCUCGAUGAACGAUGCACACAUCAUGAGCGCUCUGUCGAGAUCUUCCUCUGAACCGGAUCUUAUCGGAGACUUUAGCAAAUCGUACGUCCUUCCACUGACCGAAGGUCGCCAUCGGGACCUGAAAUCCAUCGCGCCGGAAACGAUGGCUGCCCUGCUUCGUGGUACUUUUCUGGAUCAAAUCGCCUCGUUCAGUGUGAUCGAUUGCCGUUAUCCGUACGAGUUCGAGGGAGGACACAUUCGUGGCGCCAAGAAUCUGUACACCCAGGAACAGAUCCUGGAAGAACUGAUAAAAAUCAAGACUGAGCCACCGAAGGUCGAAGCCGAGGGACCGAAACGAAACAUUAUCGUGUUCCACUGCGAGUUUUCAUCCGAGCGAGGACCCAAGCUAUCUCGCUUCUUGCGCAAUCACGAUCGUAUCCUGAACUCGGACAGCUAUCCGGCGCUGCACUAUCCGGAAAUCUAUCUGCUACACGGUGGUUACAAAGACUUUUUCGCCGUGUACCCGGAUUUGUGCGAUCCGAUCGCCUACCGGCAGAUGUUGGACCCACAGUUCGGUGAUGCGUACCGUCAUUUCCGGGCCAAGAGCAAAAGUUGGAAUGCCGGUGAUGCGGUACGAGGAUCGGCUGUAGCCGGGUCCAGUUCUGGCUCCGGGGGCGUUGGUAGUGGCAUCGGUAGCAGUAGCAGUAAUCGGCUGGUCAAAUCGCGCUCGAGGUUAGUGCUGUAGACAAUGAAAGCGGACAAGAGUCCGAUGAGACUGAAGCCAGAUAGGGACGGCGAAAAGUUCUGAGAAACAGGUCGUGGGAAGCGAGGCAAAAGAAGUUAAUUUUUUUCUUUUGAAAUUUUUUAUUUGAGUUUAUAUUUUAUUGUAAAAGCGUUAGAAGCUCUUUCUGUUCUUGCGAAUUUUAGUUUCUUUAAUAUGUUUUUUUUUUUCAUUUUUAUUUGCAACCUUUUUAUUUGGCAAUACUGUUUCGAGCACGGGUGAAAAGGAGAGAGAAAGAUAGUUCUUUGCUAGGAAAAAAACAUGAUCAAAUACUUUGAGCUCUUGUCGAUACGGUUUUGAUCUUAAUUAGCGAUGUCCGUCUAUAUAUAUUUGUUAUUCCCCAUAUUUUAUCUGUGAUUUAGAUUUUGCUUCGUUUUGACUUCUCUUUUGACUGUACUAAUUAGUAGUUCGAAAGUAGGAUAGUGAACGGGCUCCCGAUGCGAAACGUCAAAAACAGUACGUAAUUAGUUUUUGAACGCUGAAUUAUUCGACUGAAAGGAGAAGUGACUGAAGCAUUUCCUUGUAAAACAAAACAAAAAAAAACGCAAACUCAUUUAUGAUUUUAGGCAAGGAGAAAGCUUGAAAAAAGACUGUAAAACAUUUGUAUAAAAAAUUAACCAGUAAGUAAAAAGCGGAUUAUUCUGCGUACACUUGAACAAAACAUGCAAACACUUUUCAUGACAACGCACCCCCAAUGAACUACCAUAAGAUUAAGAUGAAUCUAAAAAAUUCUCUAUUUUCUUUGUUUUUUCCUUUACCAACUAAACAUACAGAAAAAAAAAUCAUUAGAGAUCCUAAGAUUCGAAUUGUUUUAUGUAAGAGGUUUUAUUUUUAGUUCAUUUUAAUCGGUACUUUUGAACAUAUUACCUAUAAAUAAUUAAACAUCAACGAGAGACAAGUGCAAAUUAAAUAGGUUAAAUGUACAUUUCGCGAUAAGCAACGUGUUUCACCACGCCAAAGUCUACUUUUAUGCCACUCGUCGUUUUUCUUUUGUUCGUUUUUUUUUCGAAGAUUUGUCACAAAAAUUCAAAAAGACGGCCGGAAUCAAGUUCUUUGUAAAAGAAGUGGUCGCGCAAAGAAUAAAAACAAAAACUUUAACAAAAAACAAAAUUGUCCAAGACAAACCCAGAUAGGUAAAAAACCAGAAACUUGGUAGAUCAGAAAACGGGGGGCCCAAAUGUAGAGUCAGCGGCUGGCGGACUGGCAACUUAUUCGCUUGUAAAACAAUCUUGCUCUAGAAUAACGUGUUCGUGUAUUACUGAGUGGUGUUGCUUUAAUCGGCGUGUGUUUCGAGUUUGUUUUAAAACUUUUUUUUCCAAUAUUCAAAUAUAAAAAAAUUUAUUACAGAGGGGGAGAAUUUGACGAUUUUUAUCACAUUAUUUUUUUUUUUUGGACUGAUUUUAAUUCGAACGAAGAAAAGACAAAAUUAUAGAUUAAUAUAUUUAAACAAAGUGACUAUUUCCGUUUAGGAAGUAAAGAAAAUUUUGGCUUGAAAGUAAGCUUCGAUAAAACUAAUUGACAAAUGUGUGCAAGAUAUAAAAUAGCAUAUUACCCUUAUUAGAUCGUAAGUUCUACUGGUUAAGCGUACAAGCAAAAGUCUUAAAUUAAUUAUUUUAUGCGUAGCGUAAUUGUAAAUCAUGUAUGCAAAGUGUGUAAAUAUUUCGGUACGAUCCGUGAGAGAAGAGUGAAUGUGUCGCACAAAACUGUUUCGAGACAAUGUUUCGAGUUUGAAGAAUAAAUAAUUUUGAAUAUUUUA